GGAGUACGGAAGCUUUCUUCGGGGUUUAUCGCGCGGGAAGUUUACUCAGGGCUAAGCGAGAUGUUUUUAACUAAUGGUAAUAAUUUGGGGGCGUACGGUAACGGCAACGCCGGCUACAAUGGGAACAACUAUGGAGAAGGAAGGGGCGGGGCGCAGGCGAGUGGAGGAAUGGUGGGCGGCGGAGAUGGCUAUGCAGCCGGCGGAAACGUUGGAAGAGGACCUGGUGAUGGUGGGUGCUAUAAUUGCGGGAAGCCGGGACAUUUUGCGCGAGAUUGUUGGGCACGGCGCGGAAAACCUUACCAACACAGCCAAGGGGAUCCGGAGUUGGAGGAGAUCAAGGAGUUUCAUCGACAAGCGAGGAAGGAGCGCAUGGGGCAAGAGGAGAUGAAGAGAAUCGAGGAGGAGAAGAGAGUGAAAGCGGAGGAGGACAAUCGUCGUAAUCAGGAUUUCGCACGGAAGAUGGAGGAAUUCAAGUUACAACUACGAGUCGACUUGAAUGAAGAGUGGCGCAAGAAGAAUUUGGAGGCGGAGAAAGCUACAUCAGAUUUUAAGAAGAAGACGGUGGCGCGGAGAAUGAAUCCAGGAUCACGUGCGAAGAAGAGUAACGGGAAAGGGCGAAGGGUGAAGAGGAGACACUACAUAAUCACCAGUGAGGACUCGACUUCGGGCACAUCAUCGGGUACGGCAGAUUCGAGUUCAUCUUCGGGCGAUUCGAACGAUGAAGGGGCUCAUGAGAGGACGUCCAAGGGAAAGGGUAAACGGAACAGUAAAGGGAAGUCGAAGCAGGGGAAGGGGAAUACGAAGUCACCACCUAUCAAGGGUACGCCGAGGAGAUAUGAAACGGGGGAAUGGAAAGGGAAAGGAAGCGGCACGCGGUGCAACAGAGUUGACAUUACAGAAAGAUCCGAGGAUGAAGAAGAACCGAAAACACCGUUGACGGGCGGGUAUAAGGGAUUGUCUGCGGGAUGCUCACAGAAGGGUUUGAUAGAGUACUGCAUCUCCGCUCACAAAAUCUACUCGGCAAAGAAGGCUCAUGCACUUAGGAGGAUCCGCGAACGAAGAGGUAUGAAAUAUACCACGAAGCCGGAGGUGGUAGAACAGCUGGCGAGGCAACAAGUGGAGCUACCAUAUGAGGGUUUCGAGGAAGGGGUUGGCAAGGGGAAGGAGGCGAUGAUGGACAAGCAAGCUGCUACACCAAAGGCGGACGUCAACAAGGAUAAGGCGGUGCAUAUUUCUCAGAAGAGAAGACCCAGGACGCGUUUCACAGAGCUGCCGGAUGAGCUCGUACCUGGAUUCGUGCGGAAUGCUAAGAAUAUCACGAAGCCGGGACACGGAGUACGGAGCGAGGCAGUCUUGCAAGUGAUCCUAGAGGCCACCAAGCAUCUCAAGGGACAAGUAAGCCGACCGGAACUGCUACCGGGAACAUUUCGUUGUGAAGAGCACAGGUCAUUGGCUUGGACAGAUGAGGCAGUAAGAGCUUGGGGGAAGAAGUUCGCCGGACUGGUACUGACCCAGAUUGACAGGAACACCGGGGACACUGUGGUCUUCUGCCCGGUCCUGUACAGACAUGGUUUCAGAAAAUUGUUCACCUGGAAUACGAACUACAUCACUGUGGGGAGGGCGGAGGAUGAGGCGGAACUGAUGAAGAAGUAUAGGGAAGAUUUUCGUGAAUACGAAAUGGAGAGCAUUGGGAAACGGAGGCCGGACGGCAGGCUAGGCACUGCCUACGUUAUCCCCAAGCACAAGGAUCUGGUGAGAUGGAGACCCAUCGCUCCAGCUCCAUCCGAUCCGGCGGCGCUGGCACAGGAAUACAUUGACAAAGGCUGGAGGUAUGUGAAGGUAUCAUUUCGGGGUAAGGCGUGUGUGAUCAGUGAGACUAAGAAAAAGCUGGAUGGUUAUGUCACAAUCAGCCUUCCAGCACUGCUCGAAGCCGUACGUUACGAUUUGCAGCAUUCGUCUAUCAAUUGUGGCGGCAAAUUGAUGCAGCAGGUUUUUGGAAUCCCAAUGGGAAAGUCCACCAGUCCCAUCCUGGCUUCUAUCACGUGUGCCAUGUCAGAGAGGAGGUUACUUAGUACGUUGGGCAACGACAGGAAGCUGGUCGGGGGUUGGAGGAUCAUGGAUGACAUUUCGGUCAUUGUGGGUAGCUCGGACAAAUCCCGUAGCUGCCCUGAGGAUAUUUUUAGAGCUUUUGAGGAGUGCUACGACUCCAACUUGGAGAUUGUUCGUAAAGAUGACUGCGGACUUACCUGGCCUUUCGUGGGAGGGUCUUUUUUCAUCAGGAACAAGCCACUGCAGUUACAUUUCAUCCCAAAUGGCAAGAACACAGACGCGCUGCGUGAGAAGGGGAAGCUGGUUUUCGAGACUAUGCAGGAUUACAGUUCGUGUUCGGACAAAGCAGUGAAGAAAGCAGUGUUGGCGGCAGCUAUCAGAGGGUUGUGGGACCAAACCACGUGUAAGAAGCUGGUACUGGGCGCAAUUGCCUUUGCUAUAUGUGAGGCAAACCUCCGGGGCUAUGCCCCGGAGGUCUCUCUGGGUGCCCUGGCCAAGUUGGCCAAGGCUGCGCGCAACGAGUAUUUGGACAAGAUGCUGGCCAUCUUCAGAUGUGCCGCAGCACUCGCGAGAUAUUAAAAGAGGACAAGAUGUGGCCAGCGCGGCUUCGUCCGCGUGUUUUAGUUGUACUGAAUAUUGCUGUCGGUUGCAUUGACAUUUGAAGACAGGACAAUGAAUAAUUAAUGGAGAAAGGCGAAGCAGGUAAGAUAUAAGCGGAAGGUUCCACAGCGUGGCAUGAACAUCAUGGGUGACGAGAAGUGGUAGGUCCACAUGGCAAUGGAUAGCACAUUUCCGUGGCAAUAAAGUCUAAGAAUUACGCAGUAGGAUUACCAUAUUCAUCGAAGAAUGGAUUGAGUUCUUUCAGUGCGUUCAUAGUGCAUUCACAUUAACGUAUAUAUGAGAAAUGGGAACGAGCAGAGGUGUCACAUUUCGCGCAUUCAAAUUCACCAAUGAUAAGUAAAUGAGUCAAGACAAU